AUGGCAACGUUCCCCCCAACAAAGGGAAAAUCUAUGACGUUGGGGUCGAACAAUAAUGCGUGGUGUGCCUAUCACAGGGCUAAGGGAAAUGACACAGAGAAAUGUUUCAGGUUAAGAGACCUCAUUGAAGAAUUGAUCAGGAGUGGUCACCUGCGAAAAUUCAUUGACGACGCCGCCCAAGGGCGAGUCGUCGUGCCCAAGGUACAGAGACAUGAUUCUAAAGAACUGCCAGGGCGAGACGAGGACCAAACAAGGGUGAGGAUCGCAGUAAAUACUAUUGCAGGUGGAUUUUCGGGAGGAGGCGUCUCCAACAACGCUAGGAAGAAGUACGCUAGAAGCGCAACUCAUGAGACCUAUCUGGUGGGGAAUACAUCCUUUUCGCCAGCACCAGAUAUAUCCUUCACCGCUGAGGAUGGUCAAGGAGUGCUCCCACAUGAUGAUGAUCCUCUGGUCAUUCAAGUGCAAAUUCUAAAUUGUGAUGUGAAAAGGGUCUUGAUUGAUUCUGGCAGUUCGGCGGACGUCAUGUAUUGGGAAGCUUCCAAAGCAAUGCAAUUAGCCGAAGAGCAGUUACAACCUUACGAAAAAACUUUGGUAGGGUUUGCAGGAGAACAUGUGGAAGUUAUGGGAUAUACAACGCUCCUGACGACCUUUGGAGAGGAAGAAAACGCCAAGACAAUUAAGGUACGAUAUUUAGUUGUUAAGACGCCUUUCACAUCUUAUAAUAUCAUCAUCGGUAGGCCUGCCUUCAAUGCUUUAGGUGCGGUCCUUUCAACCUUAUACUUAUAA